UUGUUGCCAUUAAUCGCAACAAAACAAAUCAAUUUCGACAAAACCACAAAUUCAAUCGAUGGAAAUGCUAUCAAAGAGUCCAACCGACCCGUCGUCGAUACCGGGGCCGCCACUGCCGGCAAUCACGGCUUUCUCAUGGACUUACUCUCCAAUGGCUUUCGUUUAAUGAAUUUGCGAAAAGUUGUCAAAGAAGUACAAUCGGGUAAAUCUUCCGGUAGUAGCGCCUGUAUGUCCUGUAAGUUUGGGUUCGCAAUGGCUCAGCAACUCAUCCAAUUCGGCAAAACAAAAGAUGAAUUGGCAUCCAUUGCUAACUACCUGUGCAAAUCUCUAGACCUCCAGAGCCCCCGAGUAUGCGACGGAAUGGUCGACCAGUUUAAGGAUGAAUUCUUGACAGUUAUACCGAAAAUCAAUUUAAGUCCAAACGAGAUGUGCGGCUCUCUAUUGGGAGAGUCGUGCUCUCGAGUCUACAAUCCGCUGUACAACUGGACGCUACCCUUCACACCAAUACCAAAGCCACCCGUCCUCAGCAGCAAACCUCAACUAAAAUCGAGUUCUCCCAAACUAAAAGUGCUUCACUUAUCGGAUACACACAUCGACCCGAUGUACGCGGAGGGCGGGGACGCCGUGUGUGGCGAACCCCUGUGCUGUAGGAAUGCCUCGUCGGACGUGAGGCCGCAAAAUAGGGCCGGUUUUUGGGGCGAUUAUCGCGACUGCGAUAUACCGCUCAGGACUCUGGAGGAGACGCUCAGGUUUAUCGAUAACACCCAUCAGGACAUUGAUUAUGUGAUUUGGACGGGAGAUAUACCACCGCAUGAUGUCUGGAAUCAAUCACGUGAUGGUCAGCUCUCACUCAUUAGACUAGUGGCCAAAACUAUACACAAAUAUCUGGGAAAUAUACCCAUAUAUCCAGUGCUCGGCAAUCAUGAGUCGGCGCCUAUUAACAGGGGAGCUUUCUAUGCGGUGGUGGCGAAGCCGGGCCUCAAAAUCAUAUCAUUGAACAUGAAUUACUGUAAUAACCAAAACUGGUGGCUAUUAUUGAACGCAACCGAUCCCGCGGGUGAACUCCAAUGGCUUAUACGCGAACUCCAGGCCUCGGAACUCACCGGAGAGAAAGUGCACAUAAUCGGGCACAUACCACCUGGAUCAAACGACUGCCUACAGGUGUGGAGCAAAAACUACAACCGAAUCGUGAAUCGGUUCGAGUCGACGAUCAGCGGCCAGUUCUUCGGUCACACACAUCAGGACGAGUUCGAGCUCUUCUACGAGACAACGCCGGCGCCGAGGGCUGGCGUUUACAUACGGCCCACAAACGUCGCUUACAUCGGGCCCAGCCUUUCGGCCUUCGGUAACGUCAACCCCGGAUACAGGAUCUACACCAUCGACGGCGACCGCGAGAACUCCACGUUUCAAGUGCUCGACUACGAGACCUAUUAUCUCAAUCUCACCGACGCUAACAUUCAUCGCGACUCAAAGCCCAUUGAAUACAAGCUCUCGUAUUCGGCGCGCGAAGCCUAUGGUCUUCAGGAUCUGUCGGCCGAGAGUUGGCACCAAUUGGUCCUUCGGCUCAAUAAAGACCAGCAAUUGUUUAGCAAAUUUUACGAUUACUUCUUCAAUCGGAGCGAUAAUAUCGGCGCCGACAACGUGUGCACAACUAAACAGUGUAGACGUGAUAUACUUUGCCGUCUAAUUACCUCUCUAUCACAUCAUAACUACUUUUGCAAUAAAUUCCUUUAAUUUUUAUAUUUUUCCCCACAUUUUGUAAACUAUUAUAUAUUUUUUGACAC